AUGAAGGUUUUCCAGUCCCUCGCCCUGGCCUUCGGGUUCGCGGGCCUUGCCCAAGCCCACAUGGAGAUGACUUACCCUGCUCCUUUCAACUCGAAGUACAACCCCUUCGCCGCCUCCGGUAGCAUCGACUACAGCAUGACCGCUCCCCUGGAUGCCUCUGGCAGCAACUUCCCCUGCAAAGGCUACCACAGCCUCUUCGGCACUGCUGAGGGCGCCGCCACUGCCACCUUCGCGGCCGGCGGCACUUUCAACAUGACUAUCGCUGGUGGAGCUUUCCACAAUGGUGGCAGCUGUCAGGCCUCGCUCUCCUUCGACAAGGGCAAGACCUGGAAGGUCAUCCACUCGUACAUCGGCAACUGUCCUCUCUCGUCUGGCGGAUCCUUCGACUUCACCAUCCCCAGCGACACCCCCGCUGGUGAGGCUAUCUUCGCCUGGACCUGGUUCAACAAGACCGGCAACCGCGAGAUGUACAUGAACUGCGCAGCCGUUAACAUCACCGGCUCCUCCGCCAAGCGCGCCAACGCCCUCAGCAGCCUCCCUGACAUGUUUGUUGCCAACGUUGGCAGUGCCGGUAACGGCUGCGCUGUGACCCAGGAAGCCGAUGUCAUGUUCCCCAACCCUGGUACUGAGGUCUCCAUGGCCGACUCCAACGCUGUGGCUCCUGAUGGCAGCUGCGGCUCCUCUGGAUCCGGCUCGGGCUCUGGUGACAGCAACACCUCUGCUGCUGCGGGAACCACCGUUGUGGCUACCUACACUCAACCUGCGGCCACGACCGCUGCUCCUGCGGAUGACACCACCGUUCCUGGCGGCGUCUUCAUCACCGUAUCUCAGCCUGCAGACAGCGCUCCCACAACUGUCGCCAACAGCGCUCCUACAUCCGUCGCCAACAGCGCUCCCACCUCCGUCGCCAACAACGCUCCCACAACUGUCGUCGACAGCGCUCCUACUACCACCCUCGUCACCAUGACCAAGAGUGCUGGAGGCUCUGUGUCUUCCGCCUCUGCUCCCGCUGCCUCUGCCACCUCGGGCAGCGGCGACGGCUCCAGCGGCAGUAGCCACACCGCCGGCACUGCCUGCAGCAACGAGGGUGAGUGGAACUGCGUUGGUGGCACCAAGUUCCAGCGCUGUGCCUCGGGUACCUGGUCGGUCCUCAUGGCUGUGGCCGACGGCACCACCUGCGGGAGCAGCACCGCUGAGGCUUUCGCCAUCACCAGCGCCCAACGACGACGAACUUUCCGCAGCUUCCGCGCUCGGUUCUAG